GAAAACGUGGUUCCAUCUAACAACACUGAUAUACGCAACUGUUAUCAUCAUCGUGACGCCGCGCAUGCGUGAAAACGAGAAUCAUCAAUGUAAUUUGAUACAAAUAUCACGUGAUCAAGUAAAUGGUAUAAAAAAUGCACGAUUGAGGUGCACCACGUCAUUAGUCAUUAUUCAUCCGAUAGCACAAGUGAUAACAUGGAGCGUGAUUUGAUAGAGUAAGCUGCCCUGCUUGGUACAAGAGAAGAGUACAUUGUAUGGGAACAGCGAUGCGACGAUUUCAUAGAAUCUCUGGAAGAGCAGAGUCGUGCUAAGCGUCCGCGAUUAUUAAUCGGAAAGAGACAAUCAGCGAUCGCAUCUAUCGCGAGGCUCGAGAGUUUAAAGGAUUCAAUGCGUGGACGAUUCAUGCAUGUGGGUGCCGGAUAUGGACUUCGAUGGCGCGAGAUUGACACAGCAUUCGAAAAUCGUAUUCUGACCGGUGCGGUGAUAAACUAUAAGCACUCUAGGCACAUAGAGCCUCACCAAUUUCUCGAAAACGCGAGAGAAAUUGUGUUCAAGCGUGUGCGAGAUGCUAUAGAAAGACAUGGAAGUGUGAAAGUGAACACCGCGUUCAACGGCGACAAAUGAUAAACAUGCUAUUAAGAGCAUAAACACUAAAAACUUUGAACUGUAUCCAGCAUCAAAUGUGCAUGAGUGGUAUGAGCGACACGUUAUCGAGUCCACGUUGACGUCGCUCGAAGAGUUCCAGGAACGCGACAGCGGGUGGGCGCUGUCGCGAAUUCUCAAUUUGACUGUCAACGUGAACAAACUGAAUCCCAUGCACGCAGGGUGUCAUAUCGAAGUGCAGCGGGAAAUUAUACUGAAGAAGGCGGUGAUCAACGUGAAAUCUAUGAACAAUGCGUGCUUCGCAUGGUCGGUGGUAGUCACUCUGCAUCCCGCAAAAAGCUGUGUACAUAGAACAUUGUCGUAUCCGCAUUACAUGACAGUGUUGAAUCUCACAGGCAUCGAAUUUCCGAUGAUGCUAAAAAAUAUUACGAAAUUUGAAUGUUUGAACACGGUGUUGAUCAACGUAUACGGCAUCAAAGGUAAACAGGUUCUUCCUCUGCGACUCACCGGUGACAAAAAGGAGAAGCACGUCAACUUAUUGUACGUGCAGAAUGACAAUGCGGGGCACUUUGCAUGGAUUAAGAAUUUAUCUCGCCUAGUGAGAUCGCAAGUCACCAAAAAAGAGCACAAGAAAUAUUUCUGCGACCGGUGCCUCCACUAUUUCAGCUCGAGCGCGCAGUUGGAGAUCCACAGCGAAGACUGUGGUAGGAUGAACAACUGCGCCAUUCGACUGCCGAACGAGGACAACAGGUGGCUCGAAUUCAGCAACCAUUAUAGGAAGGAGCGCGUUCCCUUCAUCGUAUACGCCGAUUUAGAGUGUGUGCUGCAGAAGACGGAAGACGCAUCAUCAUCGUCAUCAUCGUCAUCGUACGCGUACCAGCAACACGAAGUAUUCAGUAUCGGAUACUACGUGCGGUGCUCGUACGAUGACGCGUCAUCGUCUUAUCAAUUCCAUCGCGAUAAAGACUGCGUCGUUAAGUAAUAAUUCCAGAUUGGAAAAAGGAAUAAAAUUAAGUAAAAGUUACCGAAAUGUUUAAAACACUGAUGAAAAGGCUACCCAAAGUUUGAAUUUUUAUAGUUAAGAAUCUUUCCAUGGUUCUUAUUUUAUGAAUCGUCUAACUGAAUAACUAAUUGAAAAGGAACAUUUUACGCAAAUAUAUUUGUAUAAAAAAUGCAGGGAUGGGAAGUAAAGUAACGCCAUAAAUUUUAUCAUUUAUAAAAACGUCUUGCUAACGACACUUUAUUGCAACGAUAACUGAUUAUACUAAUUUUGUGCUAAGCUUGGAAAAGUCAAUUUGAGAGGUAAUUCUUAACUAUUACGUAUUUAUUUAUUGAAGAAAUU